AUGAGUAAGAUAUCCAUACAUGAUCAUAGAUCAAUGUUCGCUCGUUCCAAGGGGAGCACCGGAAGUGAGGAUGGUCUCUCCUUCCAGCAAGAAUAUGACGCGCUUUUAAGAGAGAUCGAAAUGCACAUUGAAGAAGAGGCAAAGAACUGGGUCAAGGCAAAAAUCAAAGCCCGGUUGAUAUCCGCCGUUUGUACGGAGAUAGUCUGCACUCACUUCUACUACCACAAUCUCUGCGAACAUGUGGAUGAUUCUUCAAAUUUAUCAAGAUCUAAAGCGCGAGGGGACAAAUUUAAGGAAAUAUUGCUGGAGGAGUACAAGAGCAAUGUCCAACUAGUUGAAAAACGCUUUGACAAACUAUCAGAAGGGGACAGUGAAAUACUUGAUCGAUACCUUAAACGUGUAAAGGAAGAACUUGGCAUCGAUGAGAGUACCAAGUCUACUAUUGAAACGGAGCUGCGUGAGCAGAAUGCUAAGGAUAUUGUCGGCAGUGGCGAAUUUUGCAGCAAACGAAUGCCAAAGCUCUUGACAGACACAAGCAAGCUCUGCGACAGCCCUAACUAUGCUAAGGGUUGUAGCGACUUCUGGGAAAGGUAUACGAAACCCUGGGAGGAUGCUCAGCACAUAGAAGAUUCCGUUACAGAAUUGCAUAAAGAGUGUUGCGAAAGUUUCAUAAACGCCAAAAGAAAGCUUGAGGAACUUCCGACAAAGUGUAAAGGAGAAGCUAACCAAUUGAAAGGGUUAGAAAAACAGAAGAAGAAAUUCAAGGAUUUAAAGAGGGACGUGCGUCUUAAAUACGAGGAGGUAAAAUACCAAGCGGAAAGUUUCAAUUUGCCCACUAAGAAAAGGCAUUUUACACAAGCUUGUCCUCCCAAUCCUAGAAGUUGGCCUAUUGUUCAUACAACAGAGUGA